AUGUCUGAUCCGAAUGGUGCUGGAGAUGGAGCAGGAGAUGCUGCUUCGGUUUUCGACGCCAAAUUGGAAGAGGAACAGUGCCGUGCUGGCAGCAUCGUUCUAUUCAGAAGGGCUCGCACGCAGGUAAAAUUUUCGUCGAGCAGUGAUGAAUCUGAAGCAGCAGAGGUGUAUCCACAAGCGACAUGUAAGAAACUGCGCGCGCAGGUGCGCGCCCUCAGCACCGAGAACUGCCAACUACGUCGCAGCGUCGAACAGCUGCGUCAGCACGCCAGCGCGGGCAGCAAGAGGGCGGAGCCGCCGCGGCUCGCGUCUGAGGUGGCUGCCGCGCAGGUCAGCGAGCUGAGCCGGCGGCUGUGCGAAAUGUGCGCAGAGCUCGAGGCCACCAGGAACCGCCAGCGCGCCGCCAAGGGCAAGGUGUCGUCGCUGACAGUGGAGGUGGAGCGCUUCCGGUGCGCGCCGCCCCCGCCGCCGACGGCGGCGGCAGCGGAGGGCGAGGGCGCGGCUAGCCCGGAGGAGCAGGUGGGCCAGCUGGCGGAGCGGCUGUCCGCCACCAACGCCAAGCUGUGCAACAGCCGCAGCCAGUGCGCGCAGCUGUGCAGGGACCUGCAGCUGGCGUACCGCGCGCUCGCCAACGAGGUGGGUGAGGCGGUGGCAGUUUCUCAGCUGGGGUCGUUCCGCGGGCGCGCGCAGCAGAUCCUGCAGCUGCAGCAGCGCGUGGCGGAGCUCCAGGACAGGCUGUCUCAGCAGCAGCAGCAGUCAGGGCAGGCGACCUCCAGCAGCGGAGACCACGGCGUCAGCCCGGCGCAGAGUCAGAUGGAAAAGGAGCGGCGGGCGGCGCACGAGCAGAAGGUGACGUCGCAGCGCGAGACGCAGCUCCAGCUGGAGGACUCCAGGAGGUGGCUGGAGGGGCAGCGCGCCCGCACCAAGGUGCUGGAGGCGGAGCUGCGCGACCUCAAGCAGAAGAUGACGGUACUGCUGGAGAAAGGCGAGCACGACAACCAGCUGGUGGCGGCGCUGACAGCGCAGCUGGGGUCAGCAGAGGAGGCAGUGGAGGACAAGCGGGCACUGCUGUCGGUGGAGGCUGAGCGCAUGCGCGAGCGCGGCAGGCAGUUGGAGGACGACCUGGCGGCGCUCAGGGCGCAGCUGGCCACGCAGACGGCGCAGCUGGCGCAGAAGGACAAGCUGGUCGAGCAGCUGCAGCUGCGCCUGGACCAGCUGGAGCAGCCCAAGGUGGAGGGCACCGUGUGCGGCAGCCCGCGCAGCGCGCCCUCGGAGUGCGGCUCUGGCAGCUACGCGCCGGCGCUGCAGGCCGCCGAGGCGGAGCGCCGCCGCCUGCUGGAGCAGGUGGCCGUGCUGCACACGCGCAUGGACGAGCGCGAGCAGGCCGCCGCGCAGGCCGACGCCCGCUGGCGCCAGGAGCGCGCGCGCGCCGCCCAGCUGCAGACCAAGCUGGAACUGCUGCAGGAGGAGGUGGCCCUGCUGCACACCAGGGUGGACGUGCUGCGCAGGGAGAAGGAGGACGACCGCGCCAAGUACCUGUCGCUGCUGCAGCGCUCCUGGGACCAGGUGCCUUUCUUCUUGUCACCUUCAGCCUGA